AUGGCAGCAGCUAUAGAUAUGUAUAAUAGCAGCUGGCCGCCGUCUUUCUCCUCGGAUGACCCCUUCAAGGAGGAGCUCAUGAAGGCCCUGGAGCCCCUCAUCCCCACGGGUCCUUCUCCCUCCAUUUCCACCGCCUCACCUCACUGCGCUUCUUCCUCGUCCUUCGCCUCUGCAUCUCCUUCUCGGCCCUCUUCCUUCCCUCCUCUCUCCUGUUCUGCUUUUCCUUCUCCCUCCUGUCCAUCCUUCUACCCCUCCUCCCCUUCUCACUCCUUUGCUGCCUCCCAGCAGCUCCCCCGGGGAGAUUGCUCCUUCCUCUCGCAGUUCCUAUCCGCCGGCAAUGGCGUCAACCUCGCCGACGGCCGGCUUAGGCUCGCCCACCUUAGCGCCGCCCAGCUCCGGCAGAUUCAGACCCACAGCACCUCCCGCCAGGUUUGCUUCCUGGGCCCCCGGGGACAGCCCAUGAAGCACUCCGGGGUGGCGGCGGCGAUAUCUCCGCCGCUGGUCAAGUCCGGCGCCGGCGCGAGGCUGUUCAGAGGGGUUCGCCAGCGGCACUGGGGGAAGUGGGUGGCGGAGAUUCGGCUCCCCAAGAACAGGACGAGGCUCUGGUUGGGCACCUUCGACACGGCGGAGGAGGCGGCGCUGGCGUACGACAGGGCGGCGUACAAGCUCCGCGGCGACUUCGCCCGUCUCAACUUCCCCGACCUCCGUGGCCGCUGUGACUCCCUUUCCGGCGAUCUCGCCGGCGGCGGCAGCGGCAGCGGCAGCGGCGGCAGCCCACUCCCCUCAGCAGUCGACGCCAAGCUCCAGGCCAUCUGCGAGUCCCUCGCCGCCUCCAACCAGCCGCCAGCCCCCACCCGAAGCGGCGGCGGCGGGGAGGAGGAGGAGGUCGCGGCGGCGCCGGCGACGACGGGAGACGAAGCGGACCCCAAGUCGGAGAUCCACCUGAGCCUCUCGCCGGAGAGCGGAAACUCCUCGCCGGCGUCGGAGAUGGAGACCCUCGACUUCUCGGAUCCGGCGUGGGGGGAAUCGGAGAGCUUGCCGCUGGGCAAGUACCCUUCCUUGGAGAUCGACUGGGAUGCUAUCCUCUCCUGA